AUGGGAAGGGUUAUGCUUGAGUCUGCCCACAAAUGGCUAUACGAGCUUUACGUUUCCUUCCCUGCCUGGCUCGCUUCACUGAAUCACUUCCCAUCGAAGUCUUCAAGUUCAAGGCCAAAAAAGAGGUGGGCAAUUCGCCAUUUGAGCUCUCAUGGCGCCUCCCAAGAAAUCAACGAAAGCAAGAAAGAUAGGAAAUUGAAGAAAAACUUAAGCUUGUUGGUUCCAGUCGAGCCUAAAGCUGCAGACUCUGACUGGUGGGAUAGUUUCUUCAACCCAAGGGUCUCUAAGAAGAAUUUUGACCAUAUCUGUUCCCUUGUAAGAGAAGACCUUGUGUCGAGGCCGCCAUCAGGUCUCAUCAACGUAGAAGGAAGGCUUCUUAGUGUUGUGAGACAGGUUGCAAUCGCCCUAAGAAGGUUGGCAUCUGGUGAGUCUCAAGUAUCAGUGGGAGCUGCCUUUGGGGUAGGCCAGCCCACAGUUUUUGAGGUGACUUGGAGAGUUAUUGAAGCAUUGGAAGAACGUUGCAAUAUCUGUGAUCAGGGUACUUUUGUUUGUGGCAAGGCCAAGGACUUUUGUUCAUGGAAACCUUCCGAAUUCGAUGGUUUACUUUACAGAAAUGUUGAGCAAUAUCCCAACGCAAGCAAUGUUCCUGGAAUUCUCAUACUUGAGAUUGAUGCUCCCAUUUACUUUGCAAAUACCAACUACUUAAGAGAAUGGUACUAA